ACAAAACCUGUUGCAUUUGCAGUUCGGACAAAUGUUGGGUACAGUGCAGCUCACGAUGAUGAUGUCCCCGUCCCAGGCAUGGCCAUCUCGUUUGAGGCUAAAGAUUUUCUUCAUGUUAAAGAAAAAUUUAAUAAUGACUGGUGGAUAGGACGGUUGGUAAAAGAAGGCUGUGAAAUAGGAUUCAUACCAAGCCCAGUCAAACUAGAAAAUAUGAGGCUGCAGCAUGAACAAAAGGCAAAACAAGGAAAAUUCUACUCCAGUAAAUCAGGAGGAAACUCUUCAUCCAGUUUGGGUGACAUCGUUCCUAGUUCCAGAAAAUCGACGCCUCCAUCAUCUGCUAUAGACAUAGAUGCCACUGGCUUAGAUGCAGAAGAAAAUGAUAUUCCAGCAAACCAUCGCUCCCCCAAACCCAGUGCAAACAGUGUAACAUCACCCCACUCCAAAGAGAAAAGAAUGCCCUUCUUUAAGAAGACAGAGCACAUCCCUCCCUAUGAUGUAGUGCCUUCUAUGCGACCAGUAGUUUUAGUGGGGCCUUCUCUGAAGGGCUAUGAGGUAACAGAUAUGAUGCAAAAAGCAUUAUUUGAUUUUUUAAAACAUAGAUUCGAAGGGCGUAUAUCAAUUACACGAGUCACAGCAGACAUCUCGCUUGCCAAACGCUCAGUAUUAAACAACCCCAGUAAGCACGCGAUCAUAGAGCGAUCCAACACGAGAUCCAGCUUAG